CGACCGGACUCGGGACCUCGAACCUGUUCUUGUUCCAUACCUAUCAAGGUACAGUCGACAUUGCCGUAAUUGAAUUCUAUUCACAGAUGGGACUUUUGCACGUUACAAUUCGAGCCUGGCUUUCACACUGACCUCUGGAUGGAAGCAAUCGUUCCUCUCACACAUGCGUUCAUUCCCCUAUCAUUGCAGCAUAGUAGUCGCUCAUUGACUGGACCCGUCAGACUUGGUGAGCCGGAGAACGUGAAAGCUACACUCGUGGCUCGCUGAGGUUUAUCCCACUGUUUUCAAGAGCCUCAGGUGACAUGGACUUGGACCAUGGAAGUACUGAAUGUGACGAAUGGGCAGGCACGACUGAACAGGAUGACGACGGACUGGCUGCCUUAUGGCAAAGCACAGACUGAUGUGUCCUUUGCCUGACACAUCAUGCACCAGCAUCCCUAAGCAUCUUGAGACACGGGAAGUGAUCGAAUCGCCGCACCUCAUGCUUCCCUAUCGCGACGUACGAAACCUUCCCAACAGAGAUACCUUGACCUCAAGCGCCCUAGGCCCAUCAGUACCUCCGCCCCCUUCUGGUGAAGCCAUCGAGCACCACCGAGAUGGCAACUCGAUUUGGAUCGACGAGCUUCUGCUGCUUUGUGACGAGGUUCGUCAGAGUUUGUGGAAAAGCCACACUCUUGGACCCAGAAGAGAGGCGAUUAUGGGCGUAUUGGGCGAAGCGGUCCAGGGCGAGUGCAACAUGAGGCCAAGGAUCAGGUUGAGGACGAUCCAGAUUACCAGGCUGGACAAGCUACUCGAAGACAUGGUGAACCCUGCCAACCACCCAGCCACAAAGCCAGCACAGUUUCGUGCAGACGUGACGAUAGCGGAAAGCUUGCAGCGCCAAUGGAGGAUACGAUUCGGUGCGCCUUACCGCAGCCUCGAUGCUCAUCGCUGUAAGCAACUCCGGAGACCAUCGCAAAGCUGCAUGGCAGUUUGCUUCACCCACUCGAUCCCUGAGAAGGCUCAUGAUUCACAUGUUGUGAGCAAGUGGCAAGGUCUUUCUGAGAACGAAGGCAACGAGCAAUUCCAAGUCGGCUACUGGUGGCCCCAUCUAGCCUGUGCGCAUCGUGACGGCCUGCUAUGCAGCCCAAGAGACGUGCUAUCGGCAGGCCAGUACGGUAUCCCUACAUUGCCUUUGCUAUGGGGCAGUAAGACUACUCUUGAGGCUUCGAGUCCCAGUAUAGAACGAGUCAAAUUCGGUAGGUAUAGAACACCAAAGGAUAUGUGUGUGCCUCUGAUCUCGCAGGUCGGAGGAAAGAUACGUAUACUUCGCGGCCAUGGACUGGAAAGCUCUUUUGCCCCAGCGGCUGGAAUUCGAUACGACGGCCAAUACAAGAUCCUCCAAUACGGCCAGCGCCGGGAGGAAGAGAUUUAUUGCUUGGAGCUCACACUCAAGCGCUGCGAGGGACAAGUCGACGUUGCUAAUCUCAUGUGUAUACCUCGACCUUCUCAGCUCGAUGACUAGCACUUGUUGAGCAGCCUAGAACCCAGACUUGUGGGAGAUGAAGAGAAGGUCUGAAUCAUGUUCUUGUCAAAGAAGGACCUCUGUUUGCAGGAAUUAGAAAUCCUCACCUUAGUAUGCUCUUGUCGUUGAUGAAAAGAACUUGACACACCGUAACCUUGAUGCAGUCAGUUAAUAAUCAGGCAUACAGCCCAUCAUGGGCGGCUUCGAGAUUGAUGAAAACAAGUGAAACUGCCAUGACAAUACAAGGUGAUCGACCUGGUAGACAAAAUGCUUUGUGGAGACACUGCAGAUGUUACCAUGAUCAGUGACUAUUUGAUUUAGUCUGGACAGCUGUCCAGCCCUUGCAAGCCCCUCCAACAACCACGAGACUGAAGGUUCCUGACAAUCCAACCUCUCGCACUUCUGCCGGCCAA